GAGAUCCGAAUGGACACUCAUCACCAAUCCCAUCCGUCUGUGUGUCUAACCUGAUGACGGGUGAUAAUCUGAUUAAGCAGCAGCAGCAGCAGCACAGCAGAGCGACACGUUAUAUAUCUGGAGGAAAGUAACUGUUGUGGAUUUAUAUAUGAUGGUGCGCGCGAGAUCAAGCGAUCUGAUCAUGAAUCCGCACAGAAUAUCUGUAAUGAUGCUUUUCUUCUUGUCUUCUGUUCAUAUAUCGAGCCCAUCGCAGUUCCCCAGUCCGCUCAUGAUAAAAGAGUGGGUAGAUCAACUGCAGCAGGAGCUGGUGUCUCUAGCUGACUCAGCCAGUGCUGGAAACCAUCUGAGACAGAUCUUUAUGGAUAAUCAGAAUUAUUUCACUGUGGAAACAAACAAUGCAGCACAGCUUGUGGAAACAGCGGCGCGGAAUAUAGAGAAUUUUUUGAAGAAGCGAGCCACAGCUCUAGAGACUUUGGCAACUGCAGCCGAGAAUUUUCAAAUGGAACAUCAAUGGAAAGAUGAGUUUCAAGAGGAUGAUAUAGUUUACUUUAAUGCCAAGGAUGAUCUGCAAGCCAAUGAAACAGAAGGAAGGAAAAACCGGAUCAGACCUGAAUUUAAAGAGGACCCGUCAUUCAAAAACCGCCUCACUUCCUACAACCAUACGGCUGUGCAUAUCCCCACAGAUAUAUAUGAUGGCUCGACCAUUUUGUUAAAUGAGUUGAACUGGACUGAAGCUUUGGAGGACGUCUUUAAGAAGAACAGAGAAGACGAUCCGACACUACUGUGGCAAGUGUUUGGCAGCGCGACUGGAUUAGCUCGCUAUUACCCAGUGAUGGCGGAGGGAGACCUGAAAAGGCACGCCAAAGCAUCAGAGCGGGGAGAGAGCAUAGAACCUAUUCACAGUGGUGCCAAAAGCCCGGCUUUGGAGGGACAGACAAGGGGAGGGGUCCACUGGACCGGGGAUGGAAUUUGGGCGGGGCUCCUCCUCACUCCCGGGUUUCGUCACCACUGUAAAAAGGUUCUAUGUUUGUGGGCAAUGGAGGAGUCAGGAGACAGCGAACUGUCAAGGUAUGUUCAAGGUGCUGCUUCGCCCAAGGACAUGCUGAUUCUUGUGGAUGCGAGUGGAAGUGUAUCUGGACUGACCCUUAAACUCAUUCAGACUUCUGUCAGUGAAAUGCUUGAGACUCUUUCUGAUGAUGAUUAUGUCAAUGUUGUCCAUUUCAACACAAAAGUGAACAACACAGCAUGUUUCGAUCACCUGGUGCAAGCUAACGUUCGCAAUAAGAAGAUCUUAAAAGAUGCUGUGCAGAAUAUUUCGGCCAAGGGGAUCACCAACUACACCAAAGGCUUCGAGUUUGCCUUCGAACAACUCUCAAAUCCAGACAACUCUAGAGCAAACUGCAACAAGAUCAUCAUGCUGUUUACUGAUGGAGGAGAAGAGAGAGCAGAAGAGAUCUUCAACAGAUACAAUAUUGACAAGAAGGUGCGUGUGUUCACGUUCUCUGUGGGUCAACACAACUAUGACACGUGGCCGAUAAAGUGGAUGGCCUGUGCUAAUAAAGGAUAUUUCUAUGAAAUCCCUUCCAUUGGAGCCAUCCGCAUAAACACACAGGAAUAUCUCGAUGUUUUAGGCCGACCGAUGGUCCUCGCAGAUGCUAAACAGGUGCAAUGGACCAACGUGUAUCUGGAUGCCCUGGAGCUGGGCCUGGUCAUCACCGGCACGCUGCCAGUGUUCAACAAGACCAAAGACGGUGGAUCUCAGAACCAGCAUCAGAACCAGUUGAUUUUAGGAGUGAUGGGGGUGGAUGUGUCUCUUGAUGAUAUCAAAAGAUUAACGCCCCGCUUCACCAUUGGUCCUAAUGGAUAUUAUUUUGCGAUUGAUCCUAAUGGUUACGUGCUGCUCCAUCCAAACCUCCAACCAAAGAACCCCAAAUUCCAGGAACCUGUUACUCUGGACUUUCUGGAUGCAGAACUGGAAAAUGAUAUUAAAGUGCAGAUCCGGACUUUGAUGAUUGAUAGAGACCCUGGAGAGAAAACAAUUGAAACACUUGUGAAAUCUCAGGAUGAGAGAUACAUCGACAGAGGGAUCAGAACGUACACCUGGGCGCCAGUUAAUGGAACGGACUACAGCCUGGCUUUGGUCUUGCCUGAAUGCGGUCUGCAUUACAUCGAGGCAAACCUGGGGAACACUAUAAAACAAGCCAUGUUCUUCGACACCAUUCAGCCGGAGAAAUUUGAGGAAUAUGGGUACACCUUUAUUGCACCCAGGGAAUACUGCAAGGACCUGAAAGUCUCGAGCAACAACACUCAGUUUCUGAUGGACUUCAAUGAGUACAUCGACAGAAAAACACCCAAUGAUCCGAUGUGUAACGUCACUCUUGUAAACCGGUUGCUGCUGGAUGCUGGUCUCACGGCUGACCUCGUCAAAACCUGGAAGGAGCAGAUUGUAGAUGGAGUUUCGGCCCGGUUUGUGGCUACAGAUGGUGGUAUAACACGUGUGUAUCCUAAAAGUGCUGGUGAAGAAUGGUGCGAGAACUCUGAGACGUAUGAUUCCAGUUUUUAUAAAAGGAGUCUGGACAAUGACAUAUACAUCUUCACUGCCCCAUAUGUCAACAAGAGCAGAGAGUCUGGUUAUGAGUCCGGUAUAUUGGUCAGUAAAGCAGUGGACUUGGAAAUUAAUGGAGCAAAACUCAAACCUGCAGUGGUGGGAGUCAAACUCAAUGUGUCCGCCUGGAUGAACAGCUUCAUAAAUGCCACCACAAAGAAAAAUUGCAAGGAUGAGAUCUGCGGGUGUCUCAGGAAUGAUAAGCAAGUGGACUGUGUGAUUCUGGAUGAUGGUGGGUUUCUGCUCAUGUCCAAUCAGGAUGAAUAUAUCACACAGAUCGGUCAGUUCUUUGGUGAAGUGGACCCUGUUCUGAUGAUCACUCUGGUCAACACGUCGCUCUUCUCCUUCAACAAAACCUACGACUACCAGUCAGUCUGCGACCCAGAGAGAGAGACUAAAGCUGCAGCCGGACUCCGAUCGAUCUGCGUGCCAACAAUAGCAGACAUGAUAACUGUAGGCUGGUGGGCCUCCACUGCCAUCUGGUCAAUUUUGCAGCAGCUUCUCCUCAGUUUGACUCUCCCAAACAUCAUGGGGACAGCGUACUCUGAAGAUGACCUCUCGGACGCAUUCUCUAAAGAGAGCUGCAUCACUGAACAGACUCAGUAUUUCUUUGAGAAUGACAACAGAUCUUUCUCUGGAGCGAUGGACUGUGGAAACUGCUCCAGAAUGUACCGGGCGGAGAAGCUCCCAAACACAAAUUUGGUAUUUUUGAUCUCUGAUGCUAAGAGUUCCUGCCUCUCCUGUGAUCCCAAACCUCUGAGACAGGCGGAGCAACCCUCCAAUGGUCCUGACCCAUGCGUGCUGGCCCAGAAUCCUCGGUACAGGAAAGGUCCAGAUGUCUGCUUCGAUAACAAUGCCGAUGAGGACGCGUCUGACUGUGGUGGCGGCUGCUGUUUGAGUCCGUCUCUGUGGCCAUUGCUCAGUCUUCAGCUCCUUCUACUGUGGCUGUUUACUGGAACCAAAACAUGUUUAUCCUGACCAAUACGAGUCUACAGACUGGACACCACACAACUACUGACUGAACUCAAAUGACCACAAAGUAACUUCAACUGCAGCCUACAUGACCACACCAGAACCGCCUAAGACUGUCUUUAAUUUGACCGAAAACAACACGACUAACACAAUCAUAGAACUCUACCUUAAAAUUGACUCAUCAUCUCACUGCCAAUUAGUACGGUCUCAGACCUAGCCAGAAACUAACAGCAUCAGUCAGACAUGAGAGACGCUAUUUUUAUUUAUUUAUUUAUUUAUUUAUUUAUUUUUACCACACAACACAGAACCACAUCAUGACCAUAGAAAUGAUUAAGUGCAGUGCCACUUAGGGGUUAGGGUUUGGGUUAAUCCUAACCCUAACCAAAUGAAAUGUGUCAAGAAGCCACAUUGCAGUCAUAGAUGGCUCCUGCACCAGCUUUGAUCCAAAUCACGACAGACUGUCCGGCUCUGGAGCAUAUGCAUUAAUUCUAUUUGACAUGAGCUUUAUAGGAGAUCAGUGAUGUCACACCCAAAUAAGGCUGUAUUUCGUAUUUUACAUUAUUUGAUCUCACAUCUAUUGUUCAAUUCAAACCAUUAAGAAGCAGAUAAGCACUUUGGCAUAUGUAGUACGGUGAAUCUCAAGAAGUACCAUAUUUCACCCCAAAAUCAAAAUAUAUAUAUUUUUUAUUUCUUUAGGACCAAAAAAUAAAAUAAAUAAAAAAGCAUCUUUUUUUUAAUGCCAUUUAAUGCCAUUUCCCUCUAAAUUCUCAUUAAUAAAACACAAAAAUAUUUAAUUCUCAUUUUUGAUUAAAAUCAGCACGAAUGCCUCUACUGGUACCAAUGGAAUUACAAAAAUCA